UUCUACUACACUAAUACUCUGAUUGCUCUCUCUUUUUUAUAUUCCUUACUUCCGUAUCUCAAUUGCCAACACAUUUUUCCUUAAACUUUUAAAUUCAGCAUAUAUAGCUCGCUAGCUUAGCUGGAGAGAAACAUUAAGUCUUUGUUCCUUGAGUUGGUAACUUCACUACACACACAAACUGAUCAACUAUACACAGAAGAAGUGAUCAAGAAGUAGACUGCAGUAGUAGUAAUGGCAGAUUGGGGACCAGUGGUGAUAGCGGUGGUGUUGUUUGUGCUGUUAAGUCCGGGGCUACUGUUUCAGCUGCCGGGGAAGGGCAGAGUGGUGGAGUUUGGCAACAUGCAAACCAGUGGACUAUCCAUCCUCGUCCACACCAUCAUCUUCUUUGGCCUCAUCACCAUCUUCCUCAUCGCCAUUGGCGUUCACAUCUACACUGGAUGACCACCAUCAUUUGCUAGCAACUGUCUCUCAGUUCAUUUUCUUAUGUAUGUAUGAUUCAGAAACAAUUACUUGCUAUAAAUUUAUAAAAGGGCUAUUACUUCUUCAA